UAACAAACUAGGUGUAUGGGGAAAGUUGGCUGUCAUACAUUGAAUCAAUCUCUUUACCUGUGCACAUUGGAUUUAUAAACUUUUAUUCGGGACUUUUUUCUAAUCAAUCAAAAAACGUAUGCGAGGAAUAACUAAAAGAUGUCCAGACUUAACCUUCCAUCUUUACUAGUUUUUCUGGUAAUUCUUAAAGUUAGUCACAGUUAUAUGAGAGUAUGCUACUACACGAACUGGGCACAAUACCGACCCAAUAAUGGCAAAUAUGUCCCGGAGAAUCUGGACCCCUACCUCUGUAGUCACUUGAUUUUCGCGUUUGCUAAAAUGAACGGAAACAGACUGGUGGCGUUCGAAUGGAAUGACGAAUCAACGGACUGGAUGCGAGGAAUGUACGCCAAAUUCAAUGACAUAAAACUGAAGAACCCGACGGUGAAGACUCUAUUGGCUGUGGGUGGGUGGAACAUGGGAUCCAAGCCCUUCACACAGAUGGUGAAGACCCCCGAAAGCAGAGCAGAGUUCACCAAAUCUACCAUAAAGUUCUUAAGAGAGAGAAACUUUGAUGGCCUCGAUUUGGAUUGGGAAUAUCCGGCUAACAGAGGAAGCCCCAAAGAAGACAAAGACAGAUUUACCAAGCUUGUUAUUCAACUCAGAUCUGCAUUUAAUCAAGAAGCAGCAAUGACUGGAAAGCCCCCCUUGUUGUUAACUGCCGCGGUGGCUGCUGGAAAGGACAAAGUUGACACAGGCUACGAUGUGGCCACUAUAGCAAAACAUAUGGAUUUCAUCAAUGUAAUGACGUACGACUUGCACGGACCAUGGGAGAAGGUCACCGGACACAACAGUCCUCUACAUUCCAGGAGAGAAGAAAUGGGGCCUGAUACUCAGCUAAACAUCGCAUGGGCCGCAGAAUACUGGUACAAACUCGGAUUACCCAAACAAAAGCUGAAUGUGGGUCUGGCCCUCUACGGACGGUCAUUUACGCUAUCUGAUCCCUACAACAACGGAGUCGGUGCCCCCGCCAAAGGGAAAGGAAACGCAGGGAACUACACCAGAGAAGCUGGCUUCCUGUCCUACUUUGAGGUUUGCCAGAAAAUCUCCGAGGGAGCCCAAAAACACUACAUUCCUGAGCAGGAGUCGCCCUACAUUACGUACGCUGACCAGUGGGUGGGGUACGAUGAUGCAGACAGCCUGGCAGUAAAGGUUGAGUACAUCAAGAAGCAGAACUACGGCGGGAUCAUGGUAUGGGCCCUGGACCUGGACGACUUUAACCUGAUAUGUAACGCCACCACGGAGACCUACCCUCUCUUGAGGCGGAUCAAUCAACAACUCGGCGUCGUUAUCCCACACGGAAGUAGUUCUAUUAGCCGAGCUCCUGUAUCCAAGACGCAACCGGAAGUAGUUAAGAUUCAAACUAGUCAGCGAGCUAGUCAAUCUGAUUUACUGCGAACAAAUAAACCUAAAAUGUCGCAGACUAGUAAACCAAUAUGGUUUAAACGUAAUCAAGAAACAGUGAGAACAGCCACUGUUACCCGCCCACCCUCGGGUCAUAGUUCUGGGUCAAAUUCCGGGUCCCAUUCUACACAGAAUUCCAACAAACCCUCAGGAGGAAAAGAAUUCAAAUGCGAGGUUGGCAGUGAUGGGUACUAUCCAAGUCCUUAUUCCUGCGAGGAAUACUACAUGUGUAACGAUGGCCACGCCCAUCACUUUAAAUGCGCUGCCGGACUACUUUUCAACAGCCAGUUUAACUACUGUGGAUGGCCAAAGGAUGUGGUUUGUGAUUUAGAUGCUGCGCGUAAAAAGGCAAAAGAAGCCUUGAAAAAGCCUGAAUCGCAACAACAAAUUCCACAACAACCCGUCCAGCCGAAUCCCCCGCCCGUGUACAAGACCCCUGCUGAGAACCAAAAUGCAUUCCAGUUCAAACCACAAAACCCACAGCAACCCGUACAACAGACACAACAAGUACAACCACAGCAAGUUCAACAACAGCCACAGACUCGUAGACAGCCGAAUACAGCGCCACAACCACCACAAAACAAUGUAAGACCGCCACAGCAAGCUAGCCAACCAAACAAUGCCAUGGGCUCCGCGGCUUCUAAUGACCCAUGGAACUGGUCACCUUUCCAGCAGCAACAACAAAAUCCAGUGGGCCUACCGUUUUAUUGGAGCUUUUUCCGUACGGAUCUUUCCCAGGAUUUCUGUACAGGAAGAGCCAACGGUUUGUAUCCCGAUCCCGACAACUGCCAGGGAUUCAUUGACUGUGUGCGCGAAAUCUCCUUCAAGGGCCUGUGCAGUCCGGGAAUGGCCUUUGACACCGCUAGACACAUGUGUGACUACAUCCAGAAUGUGCCAGGAUGUAAUGAUGCAAGUCCUAUGUAAUAACGAAACAAAUCAUAGCGUCGGCUAAACACUGCAUAAUUCUGUAUCAAUUGUCUUGUUUACUGUGUUCCUGUUUUGUGCCAACCAGGUGUGUACGUCAGGCUCCACACAGCCCUAAUAACGUAAACGUACGUGUGGACUAUAAAUGCAUUAUAGUCCGUUCAAAGUCAUGAAUUUAAACAAGUAAUAUUUAUACUGCCAUGUUAGUUGCGUUUUUCGUUGCAUUAAACCAGGGGAAAUGUUGAACUUGUCUCCUGUAUUCAUUCAGUACAAUUACUCAGCUUGUCGUUAUUCGGGUUAUCUCGUAUUAAUAUGAUAAUAUUAACAUUAUGCUUAAAAUGUGACCUGCUCUUGUGUGUUUUACAAAACAAGCACCUGUUGUAUCUGGACCUCAGACUUCAGUAUCAAUAUAAUAAAACUAAACCAAGUU